UUAUUACACAAAUAUUAGGUACAUGUCAUACCUAAAUAUAUCCUCGUUUAAUGCUAAUAUAUCGAUUUUAUUAUAAAUAAUUUAUAUUUAACUAUUAAAUAUCUUCAUAGGCUAUCAACAAAGAAAUGCUAGUCGUUUGCGCUUUCAUUCUCCGAAACAUGAUUUCGUUAUUUGUGAAAUAUUUUAAUUAAAAAAAAAAUGAUUACUGAACAGGACGGAUUUAUAGAACGAGAGGGUAUAUCUACGGGUGAAUGCAGUUCGAAAACAGGAUCGUCCUGUAUACAUCAAAUAAAGAAUCAUCAGGUAUCUACCUCUGCUGUAAAUACAUCUAUACCGCAAACUCCACAAAUACUGCUUGCUGCACCACCGUCCGAAACAUCAACUGAACUGUCACGUUCAACUUUCGGUACACCUAUCGGUGGUACACCACAAAAUUAUUCACAAUUCCAUAUAUCACGUGACAGGUCUUGUGACUGCCAAUCAACACCUCCUUCUACUGAAGAUUCUAGCGUUACAUCAAGUAAUGUGAUUGAUGCUCAUACUACUGUGCAACCAUUUACUACUUCGGAUAGAGAUAACUUAUUACAUGACAUCACUAAGUUUAAUUUGACAAGGCUGAAACAUGUGGACAAACCAAAGUGUCCACAGGUAGAAGAAUCACCAUCUUCCAUUAUCAUAGACUGGAUACGUUGUCCAAGACCGACCAGAUAUUCAUGUAGGGAUGGGGAUGACAGUAGCGAUGACGGCGAUGAUGAUGACGAUGAUGAUGAUGAUGAUGAAUGGGAUGAUUAGACUACUGAAUGAUCAUCAAAUGAUUGAUAGAAGUACAGAACGAAUGUUUCAGACUUCUGCUAUUGCUAAACACAUGGAUUGCAUAUAAACACACAUGGAUUGCAUAUAAACACAUGAAUUGGAUGUAACAAUGGAUUCAGUUUGUCUGUAACCAGGAUAAACAAUGUCAUGUGAAAUCAGUGGUUGUGUUAUAUUAAAGUUAUCCAAAGCUCAUAUUUCACCAAAAUGUUUCGUCUUGGAUGUAAAAGAUCUUCAUCAGGUGUAUUUAACUUUACCAAAUAUAUAAGUUCAAUGUGUUGUAGAGCUACAUUUAUAUUUAAAUGUCAUACAGUAACAGUUCUUGGUUAAAAUAACUCCCAGUUUACGUGGCUGUACACGUACACAUUUAUUCUCCGGCUAGCUGUUCAUGUAUCAGGUGCCUAAUGCAUGAUACUGUUAAUGAAUCUCAAGCUUAGUUUGAUUUAACUGUAAAUAUUGAUCAGUUAGAUAGAUUAAUAACUGUAGAAGAAAUAGAAAAAAAACAAUAUCUAUGUUAAAUCGUUAUAAGAGCUGUGAUUAUGAAAAUAAUGUGUCUGAUUUCUUCAUUGAUACAAAAAGUUAUAUAGCAUCUUAUUUAUGUACCAUGUUUAAUUACAUAUUUGAAAACUGUAUUUACCCAAAUUCAUGGGUAAAGGGUGUGAUUGUACCUAUUUAUAAAAAAGGUGAUGCAAAUAAUCCCUGUAAUUAUAGAGGAGUGAGUGAGUGAGUUGGGUUUUACUGCGAAUCGACACAAAAUGGUCAUAUAUCGCCGACUAAUUAUAGAGGAAUCACACUGGUAAACGUUAUAGGUAAAAUUUUCUCACUGUUAUUGAGAAUGGUGCGAAUCAGAAAAUGUCUUUAAUGAGUCGCAGUUUGGAUUUCGUGAUGGACACUCUACUGCUGAUGCUAUUUUUUGUUGCAUACUAUUAUUCAAAAAGUUUUGUCUAAACGUUCAAAGCUUUGGUGUGUUUUCAUCGUUUGAUACCGUUAGUCGUGAUCAAUGCAUUAUGAGUAAAAUUACUCCAAACUUGAAUCAGCUGUAAAAUGGUCAGUAUGAUUAAAUGUAUUUAUAAUGUUUUCAGUCUUGUGUAAAAUUGACAAAUACUGUAGAGUUGUCCAAAUUUUUCGAUGUUACUAUCGGUCUGAAACAGGGGGAACCAUUAUCUCCCGUUUUAUUCAUACUAUUUAUAAAUGAUACUACUGAUAACUUAGAUAUUAAUUUGUUAACAGACGGGGAUAUUGAUAUGUUAACAAUGCUUAUGAUAUUAUUUGCUGAUGAUUUUGUACUGUUUACCACCGAUCCAAAAAGCCUGCAGGCACAAAUUGAUAGCGUUUAUCAGUAUUCACAAAAGUGGGGCUUGAAAAUUAAUGCUGGUAAAACGAAAGUAUGUGUUUUUGAAAAGCGUAAACAAAAUGUCUAUCCAGAUUUUGUCAUAAAUGGAGCAAAAAAUUGAAAUCGUAGGUAAUUUCAUGUACUUGGGUGUAAAAUUCACAUACACUGGUAAUAUGUCAGGCGCUGUAAAAGCUCUACAUGAUCAAGCCCUUAGAGCUUAUCAUACCCUUUUGUCAUUGUUUGAUAAAGUUAAUUUUGAUAUAAAAACUAAACUCUUAUUGUUUGACAAAAUGGUGGUAUCAACAUUGAUGUACGGUUCAGAAAUAUGGGGGAUUUAUAAUAGUACCAGUUAUAAAUAUGUGAAUAAAGUGCAUUUCAGAUUUUGUUAAUGUAUACUUGAUGUGAAACAGCAAACUCCAAAUAGUGCUGUUCUUUGUGAAUUGGGAAGAUUCCCUUUAUCAGUAAUCUGCAGCAGGGAAAGAUCAAUAAAAUACUGGCUAAAAAUUAUGAAAAAUAAGGACUCGCCUUCUUUUAAAAUGUAUAAUGACUUAUGCCAGCAUGUACAAACAAAUUAUUGGGCAACUAGAAGUAGUUCUGUGAGUGAUCACUUAGGUUUUAGUAACGUAAGACUUAAUUUUGAAAGAACUGUAAAUUAUUUCCCAAUUAUACAGCACAGAAUCCGUGGCCAGUAUAUUCAAGAAUGGAGAGAAACCAUACAUAGCAUGUCAAAAUUAGACUAUUAUUGUAAAUAUAAAAAAGAUUUUGUAUUUGAAGAUUAUCUUUGUAAUAUUACAAAUGAUGACUUGAGAAAUCAUUUCUCUAGAUUAAGAUUGUCAUCUCAUAACCUUUGUAUAGAAAGUGGCAGAUAUAAUGGUACAGUAAGAGAAAACAGACUAUGUAUAUUGUGUAAUCAAAAGGCAGUUGAAUCGGAAUAUCAUUUUAUGUUAUGUUGUGACAAAUUCAGAAAAGUUCGUAGAAAAUACUUCAGAAACAUAUAUUGGCCUUUUAUACAGAAAUUUAACUCGCUUAUGUCGACAAAAACUAAAAGUUUGCAAAUAAAAAUAUCUAGAUAUAUUAAAGAAUGCAUGCUAAUAAGAAAAAAAUGCCCUGGAAAAUUUAACUGUUUCUUAACUGUAUAUUGUAAUAAUGUGUAUAUAAAUAUUAAGUAUCCAUUAUCAUUUGUGUAUGUAUAUGUGUCUUUGCCAUAGUAUUUUGUGUUUGUAAAAGGCCAAAAUUUAAAUUGUUUGCUGAUUAUGCCAAUAAACUUGAAACUUCACAUAAACCUAUUAAUUUUAUGUUUACAUAAACCUUUAUGUAGAAACUGUUCAUAUCUUCAAAUAUUAAAUUAGGGCCUAGUAUACCUUUAAAUUUUGAAUUUUGUUAUUCUUAAAAAGACAGUAUUGAAUUAUAAAUCCUUUCAAAUAAUAAAUGUUAAACAAUUAAGUUCUGAAAAAUUUCCUACAUUCAAGAAUACAACUGCUGUUCUUGUCACUUUGUGGGCCUGUUUUAACACACGAGAGUAAACGUGUGUUAACAUAGAGAUUCUCGAGCUCACGUGCUGUUAAAACAAAUGGAUAAUUCAAAAGAAAAAAAUGUCAACGUGAUAAAACAACCCAGACACUGCCGCGCAUUUCAUGGAAAAAUAAUGACGUUAUGGGCCAAUAUUUUCAUGUAAUAGGUUUUACAAGUACCAUGCUAUAAUAGCAUUAGCGCAUGUUCAUUUCGUGUUAUAACAUCUUCAGAAUCCCUAAGGAUACAUUGGUACCCUCGCCCUACCGGACUUGUGCACCAACCAAUCCCUUGGAAUUCUGCAGAUGUUAAAACAAAAAGAAAAAAAAGAAAAAAAAAUCCGUUACCCCUACAUUAUUUAACGAAUGACAUCAGUGAUGACGACAACGGCGACGAGGAUUAUACCGCUGAAGAUGAAUUAUAUUAUAACUAGGGAAUUCAACAACUUGUUUAUUUAGCAAGGGAAGAUUUACACAGAAAAGUAAAAUGUAAGCGCACAACACGAAAGUAAAUGGUUUAGAAGAGCGAUAAAUACGAGAAAGAAAAAGAAAUAUAUGAGUAAACAUAUUAUAGAAUAGAUUUAUAUAACAAAAGAAAGCUAAACAACAUCAAUAAAAGAAUAUUAACCAUUUAUUUAUCAAAAUAGUUUUUUAAAAUUUCUAUUUCUAAAUAAAAUUAUAUUGAGUGUAGAUUUUCAAUAUUCUAGUGUACAGAAAACCAGGAAACUUUUCAAAUAAUGUUGUUUUUAUGUAACAUAUGCUUUCCAUCCUGUUCUUUAACUUACAAAUGUAAUCAGCGUGAAACUAUGACUCAUUAAAAACUUAAACUAUGAUUCUUUUUUAAUAAAAUAAAAUCUCGACAUUAAUUAACCACCCAAAAGAUGUAACCGAAAGGAAAAGCUCAUUCACUUAAGACAUUCAUGAUCGUUUAGAUAUUAUUAAUACUGGCCUAACACAAUUACUCAAUUGUUUUUGAUAUUUUUGCUCGAAGCUUGACAGCUUUACAGUAAGACAGUAUGGGACAUUUUAUAUAGUG